CACAGUGGUACCUAUCCCGCUAUAAAAGACAAUAAAUAUUUAUUUCCCCUGUUUGGAAUAUUGCGAUUGCGUGACGUUUCCCUUUCCCGGCCGGGGUUGAAGCCAAGCCCAAAUGAGGAAGAGGCGUGUGAGUUAGCGUUAGCAGUUGGGCAGGGAAUCCCCGGUUUGCCAGUCAGUCAGGGAAAAGGGUUUCGUGCGAAUUGUGAGUGUAGCCGUUCACCGUCGUCGGGGUACCGAUUCGUUAUUUUGGUGAAAGAUGGAUUUGAGUUGCAUUUUGUCGCAAAUGGAGAUGGACGACGAGGAGGGAACCUCCCGGCUUCUACAGCAGUACAACGGAGAGAACACCCGCACAUUCACAUUUGAACAGAAGGAAGAGGACAAUAGAGUUAAGCUGUGCCAGUCCCUGCUGAGGGUUCUGGAGAGUCCGGUGGGGCCGGCCUGCCAGCGCACUUGCCUGGAGACGCUGCGCAUUCUGUCCCGGGACAAGCGCGUGCUCGGGCCCGUGGGGACGCGGGGGAGCGUGCUGCUGCUGGCGGGCCUGGCGGGGCUGCCCGCGGCGGGCGGGGAGGUGCUGGCCGAGCCGCGCGACGUCCCCGCGGAGGACGAGGGGGAGCGCGUGGCCGUGGAGGCGCUGAAGUGCCUGUGCAACGUGCUGUUCAACAGCCCCGCGGCGCAGCAGGCCGGGGCCGACGUGAGGCUCGCCCGCGGCCUCUGCGCCCGCCUGAGGGCCGCCCGGGCCCCGCCGCACGAGGUGCGCCUCUUCUCCCUGCGGCUGCUGUUCCUGCUGUCGGCCCUGCGCACCGACGUGCGCGCGAGCCUCCGGGACGAGCUCCGCGCGCUGGGCCUCCUCACGGAGGUGCUGGAGCAGGCGCUGGAGCUGCGCUGGGCGGGGCCCUACGAGGCCGCCGCCCCCGACCCCCUGGCCCCGCCCGUCGCCCCCGAGGGCAGCGAGCGGGCCACCGAGGCCCUCAAAGCGCUGUUCAACCUGACGCUGUCUGACAUCGCCAUGGAGGACGGUGCUCACCAGCUCCGCAUCAUCUCCGCCAUCAUGCGCCACCUUCUGCUGCUCAGGGCUCAGACAGAGGAAAAGACCGAGGAGAUGCACAGCCACGCUGUCAACCUGCUGAGCAACAUGCCGGUGUCCUGCCUGGACGUGCUGAUCGACACGCCCGUGUGCGGGGGUCUGGACGAGUACGACGGCAAGAACAUGGAGGUCAUCCAGGUCCUGCUGGAGUUCAUGGAGAUGAGGAUAGACAAGCAGGCCACUAACUACAAGGAGGGGCUGACGCCCGUGCUCGCCCUGCUGACCGAGGGCUCCCGGCACCAUCGCGACAUCCGGAGGUACAUCAAGGCACAGGUCCUCCCCCCUCUGAAGGACGUGACGAACCGGCCGGAGGUGGGCACCACCGUGCGGAACAAGCUGGUGCGGCUCAUGACCCACGUGGACAUGGGCGUGAAGCAGAGCGCCGCCGAGUUCCUGUUCGUCCUGUGCAAGGAGAGCGUGGACAACCUGCUGAAGUACACGGGCUACGGGAACGCGGCCGGGCUGCUGGUGGCCCGCGGGCUGCUGGCCGGGGGCCGCGGCGACACAGAGUACUCCGCUGACGAGGACUCCGACACGGACGAGUACAAGGAGGCCAAACCCUUCAUUAACCCCAUCACCGGUCACAUCGAGGAGCCCAUGCCCAACCCCAUGGAGGAGAUGACCGAGGAGCAGAAGGAGUACGAGGCGCAGAAGCUGGUCUACAUGUUCGACAAGCUAUCCGGACACCAGCUCAUCACGCCGAUGGGGAUGAUGCCGGAUGGCACUCUGGCGCCCCUACAGCAGACGGUACGCCAGUGCACCGUGGAGAGCUGCAGCUCAGACUCAGACUAGCCCCCCCUCCCUCCCCCAGCGCCCCCCCUCCCCGCCCCCGCCCAGGUACUGCAGACUGGCCCCGGAGCGCUUCAUCUCGCCCCCCGGCACUGGUCCCGGAUCAGUAGAAACGUGCAACUCGAAUGUAGGGCGGAUAGGACCCGGUUGAGUGAGAGCUGAUCCUGGAUCUGUUGCGGGGGCGUAAAAAAUUCUGACAUUCCAGUGAAACUAAGCGAAAUAGGAAUAAAAUAUAUUGCUGAUAAACAUGGGAAGAUCAGAUAUUACUAGCUGCUGUUACACCGGGCACCAGAGCCAACAUGUUAAACCACGGACAGAGAGUCAGUGAGCCAGGUAUGUGUGUGAAGUAGAGGCAGAAUCUUUGGGCUUCCUGUGCAGACGGGCGCAGCAGUAGAGGUGAUGUAAUUUCCUGCAUGUUCCUUUCUCAGCCUUGUGUUGACAUGAAACGGUUAAGUCGUGGUUGGUCCAAGCCCGCGUAUGGAAAAAAACGCACACAGUCCACUUCCCUGUUCCUGUCCACUUGUGGGCUAAUAAGUACGGCAGGCGGCAUGGGACAUUCUUAACGGCAAUGUGAAUAUUGUGGUGGUCACUCGAUUAGCAGUCGCUCCCGGUUCAAUUUCCCGUGUACGCGCGGGGGGCCGAGGAAAUGUAAACGUCUGUGCGGGCCACGGCUCUGCAACGUGGUUUUCCCCGAAGAGUGCGUGCGGCUGAACCUCUGCGAUUUAAUAUCCAAACACUCUGCCUUAUUUUUAAAUGUAAAAAAAAUUUCUGCCGAAAGUUGCUUAUUUAAAAUGUUGUUUUCUACACCGCUUAUAUACUAAAGGAGUUGUGUACUGUGCUACUUUGUUCCGCAUGACGUACGAUGUAAACAAUCACUGAUCUACGGUCUUUUAAAUGUAGAGGCACUUUUUUUGAUAAAAUGUCCCGAUGAUUUUCGGUGAACGGACAUAUACGGGCUUGUCCUGGUGCGUGUGUGACGGUGUCCAAGGCCGCUCCUUCGGUCCAGGGUUCUAAAUUCGGGCUACGCGGCUGUGCCCCUUUGCCUUGUACAAGCCCGCGAUGUAAUCUCACGCACAGCACAAACGGGUUUAGCUCUGAACCAGGUCUGCCUGAAGACUUGGAACGCGCAUACAAUAAAGAACUUAAACAAA